AAUUGAUCAGAGCUCGUCGUUUUGCGAUGAGGUCGUUUUGUAUAUUGGCCUUAUUAAUAACCCUUAAGUUCGAAAUGGGAUAUGGAAAUUCUGUCUGCAAUCUUCAGGCCACAUUCAUUGGAUGGUGUAAAAUGACUAUAAGAGGAUUUACUUUCGUAGCUUCCAAAAACGCAUGCCGUAGAAUUUCUGGACCAUGUGCUGCACAGGAUAACUUUUUCAUGGACAAAGCUUCCUGCGAAACAGCAUGCAAAAAAAUAAUAUUACCUUGAAAUCGUCGAGCGAUUUAUAUUUAUAUUUAUUUAUUUAUAUUUGCUAGGAUGUGCUUCAAAUUAACUAUUAAAAUCGUUUCCGAUUCUUUAAAGU